CUCUUUCUCUCGGUGCUUUGGGGAAUAGUGAAGGAGACGACGAAGCAUGGGAAGGGAAAGGCGGAAGUGAGAAAGGACGUAGGAGAAUAACGAGUUGUGGAAGAGGAAGAAGAAGAGCAGGGGAGGAAGGUGGCGCAGAGAGAAAAAAAAAGUUGUGUCUAUUGAGUAAUCCCUACAUAUUGUGGAAUAUGAAAAAAUUGCAGUCAUAGUUUAUGAGAAUACUCGUAUGCAUCAUUAUAUCAAGGUUUUGGCGAACCUGGAGCAACAAGUUGAUCAGAUGGUUCAUUUCACUUUUUACUGGGGAAAUUUUGGUUUAUAGUCAUGCCGAGUGGAAAGGUUCAGGGGAAGAAGUAAAUAAAAGCAUUAACACGGUGUAGCUGCAUGGCAACCAACAUGAAGAGCUCAUUCUCAAGGAAUCCCUGUACCACCAUAUCUCCUCUCCCAUCUGGUGUCAAACCAGGCCCAAACGGCAUAUUCCUGGUUUCCACUGGGAUCUCAUAUCUUGACAAGAUAUUAGGUGGGGGCAUACCACUAGGUACACUUGUGAUGAUCAUGGAGGACAAUGAAGCUCCCCAUCAUCUCUUGCUUCUAAGGAAUUUCAUGUCUCAAGGGCUAAUACAUCAACAACCACUUCUAUAUGCUAGCCCUGAGAAAAACCCUCAAGCUUUUUUGGGUACCUUGCCGGGCCUGCUUAUAUCCAAGUCUGAUAAGCAUGAAUCAGGUUCCAUCACAGAUGAAGCACAGGAGAAAAACUUGAGGAUCGCCUGGCAAUACAAGAAAUAUUGUGAUGAGCAACAACUUGAUAGAACUGAAGAUGGUAGAAAACAGUAUUGCAGUGAUUUUGACUUAAGGAAGCCCUUAGAAAGGAAGUUCCUUAGUAGGCAGUAUGUUGACUGUAUGAGCAUUCAUGAUACUCCAGACCUAGCAUCCAUUCGUGAACGCUGUUUUGAAUUUUUAGCACAAUUUUCAAGACAUAAGGGACCCAUUAACUGUGUUGGUCGUGUUGCCAUUCAGUCAUUCUGCGCUCCACAGUCUCAAUACUCUAAUAUGGACUGGAAAAUGCUUUCCUUCAUCAAUUCUCUGAGAAGCACACUGCGAUCUUCUAAUGCAGUUUGCAUGAUUACUUUCCCGCCCUCUGUUCUUUCCUUACCUUUCUGUACGAGAUGGCAGCAUUUGGCUGAUACUCUGCUCUCCGUUAAAGCACUUCCUGAUGAAGACAAGGAGUUAGGGAGACUGCUAACUGAUUAUAAUGAAAUGGUUGGCCUUUUAUGUAUCAAUAAAGUAUGCCGCGUCAAUAGCCAGGUUCCUGCUGUUCUGGACUCUACCACAUUCUCUCUGAAGUUACAACGUAGAAAACUGUUGGUCUUGGAAUGCUUAAAUCAGGCACCUGUAGAUGGUUCAGGAAAUAAUUCAAGUGACAUUUCUGCUAGCUGCUCUGGCUCUUCGAAAGUAUCAUCUUUGGACUUCUAAGCUGCUGAUCUCAUUUAAGGACUUACAUUUCUUGUAAGCUUGGAUGUCAUUCCUGGGGCCUCCAAAGGAACGUAUUCUGUAUAAUGAAUUUUGCCCUUUCAGCUUCAUUGCGUCUGAACCGUGUAUUCAAAUAUGAUCCGUCUUGCAGCGCCAGUAUUCAGAAAAACGCCAAGGCUACAGAUUGCAAAGUGGGGAAUUGUGAUCUCA